ACGGCGUUAUUUCCUGCGACUAAAAUUUAAUCAGAUCAAAAUUUCAGUUAAAAAAUUGCCGUUUCCGAAAAUAUGAGUGCUUCUGGUGAAGACGCGCCCCCGGAACCGGUCGAAACGAUUGCCACUGCAGAUGGGCCCGAUACCGAGAAACAAACGACGCAGCAGCUCCGGUGCCAGAUUUGUCCGGCCGUGUUCCGCUCCAGGGCAAGCUACCGGGACCACGUGGACAAGCACGCCGGAGUGGUGUUGGCAUGCGGCAAGUGUGACGCCGUGUUCAAAAGCCGCGAAGGUCGCCGGGUGCACAUGAUCCUCAAGCACGCCGAAGGGGUCACGUACCGGUGCGAGGAAUGUCCGAUGAUUUUCGCGCGGAAGGCGAACCUGCGGCUGCACAUGACCACGCACGGCCAGAAGCCGCACGUGUGCAGCGUGUGCGGGAAAUCGUUCGCACGAAUCGAGAGCUUGAAGCUCCAUGAGGAGUCCUGUGCCAGUGGCGGACCCAAAGGGCUGGCUUGCACCGAGUGUGGCCAACGGUUCCGGAAGCCGGAGCUGCUUGAAAAGCACCGCGAGCAGGGCCACCCGGAGAAGGACCACCAGUGCGGGCACUGUGGCCAGGGCUUCGAGUCCAAGCGAGCGCUCAGCCAUCACGUGCGGGUUCACGAGGGCAAGUUCCGGUGUGGUCACUGCCAGCUGCAGUUUGUCACGGAGAAGGCACUGCGGAACCACGAGCGCCACCGUCACUGGGAAGUGUUGGGCAUCGAGCGGGUGCUGGGAAGUCAGGGCAGGAGGAAAGAAGCGGUGGAGCGGCCAAAGGAGCCGAAGGUGCGCGUGCGAAGGAACAAACACAAUCCGUUUAUUGGGUUGGAACAUUUGCUGGACAAGGAGAAGGAUGGGAGCGACGGCAAGGUGGUUGCGACCGAGGAAGAACCGGCCAAAGAGGGGAAUCAAACGACUGAAAUCGUUAUACUCUGCGAAAGGGAAGGAGACAAAUAUCAGGUUCUUUUGCCGGAGGAGCCAACAUCAAAUCAUAAAUCUUUGCAUAACAUUACCAUCAAAGAAGAGGAAAUCAAAUCGGAACCGUCCGACGAGGAAGACAAUAGUGAUGCCUUCGGUAGUCCAAACCCUGAAUCGGACACGGAAGGUGAACGGGACAUAUUUGAGAAUAUCGAUGAUGAAAAUGAACAGUCGUCUGAAAUCAACGUCGAGCAAAGGCGCCCAAAAGUAAAACGCAAAUCAAACCCGGCGGUGCGUCGCAAAUCCUACGCCAAAAAUCCUCGGCCGGCAAACUUUGCUUGCGAGACGUGCGGCAGGACGUUUUCCUACCAAUACCACCUGAAGGCGCACCGGGCCAAAGAGCACGGCGACGGAGUCGUCCCGGUGCCGAACAGAAUUCGGGCUCAUUUUUGCACACACUGCGAGAGGAACUUUUCCGUAUGGAAAACCUUGGUGUGUCAUCUGGAGAAAGCUCACGGCGAGCUGAUUGACGAAACAAAGUUCGUUCGAUGUACGUCGUGUCACCGAAAGUUCGUCAGUGCCGACGAUUUGCGGGUGCAUUCGUGCAUGAAGGGUUCGCACGUCGGCAAAGAUCGCCGGUUCGCGUGUGACUUGUGUGAGAAAACGUAUGUCAGCGCGCAUGGGCUGGAGCGGCAUCGUUCGGCCCAUCCGGAGCAUCAAAAGACAAGCUGUGACGAAUGCGGGAAGCCUUUUGCUAGCGAGAAAGAGCUCCAACAGCACAAGAAGCGUGUCCACGUGAAGCCAAGCCAUGUGUGUGAGAUUUGCAACAAAGCGUUCAAAGGACUGCCGCACCUUAGAAUCCACGCCCAAAUCCACCAGGAGCAAAAGGCGUUCUGCUGUGAGUUCUGUGGGAAAUCCUUCGCACAACGGAACGGUAUGACGGCACACGUGCGAAUCUACCACGCUGAACAGGUGGGCGAAGAUGCCGUCGCAGAGCGGGAAAUAACUUGCGAGAUUUGUGCGAAAAAGUUAAAAGGUAAAAGAAGCUACAAACUGCACAUGAAAGUGCACGACACUAGCGAGCGCAAAUUUCCGUGCAGUUUUUGUGACACGAAAUUUAUCACAAAGCAAGAUCUGGUUCGACACGAGCAACGUCACACCAAACAAUUCCAAUUCCGAUGUCGCUUCUGCGGCAAGGGAUCAACGCGUCGACGGCAAAUCGCGCUGCACGAGGCGCGCAUCCACAACUGGCCCGCCCCGUUCGACGUCAACUUGCUGCAGCACAAGUGUGGCGAGUGUGGGCGUGGCUUCGUGUCGAAAUCGGCCCUCAAAACGCACGAAACGCUGCACGGGGAUGGUUUGCCCGUGCCGUGCAAGAUGUGCGACAAGCGGUUCAAAAAUGUCAAAUACAUGACGUACCACAUGAAGAUGCACCACGCGGAGAUGAAGCCGCGCAAGAAACGGGCAAAGGUAAGGGCGGCGGUGGUGGUGGCCGAGGAGGCGCAAGAGGAGGUGGAAUUUAAGGCGAUUGAAAUUCACGAAAAUCCGUUGCCUCCGCUGGAGGAGGAAGCUGAGGGAGGGGAAACUAGCGGGGAUGGCAGCACGGUGGUUUCCACAACGUUGCAGGUUAAGUCCGAGACUAGUUGAUAAUCAUGUUGAGCAAUAAAAUGGGAUUUGUAAACAU